AGCCUGCAAAGAGUUUAAAGUGCUGCAGGAGAGCGCGACGUGGUCACAGACGACACGAACCUAGCGGAGCGGGUAAGAGAAUCAUAAACAGAACCACGAAUAGGGAGAAGAAGAAGAAGAAGAAGAAGAAGAGCGAGGAAACGAGAGAGAUGACUCUACCGACGGUGCGACAACUUUUCCUGCUGUGUUUGUUAGGGAUUUUUGGAUGUUUGAGCACAACAGAUGCCAGUCUUUUUGGAGAAUGGCGGGACGACACCGCAUUACGAAAGGUGCGAGGCGUCCAGAGCGACGACAUGAGUAAUGUGUUGUGGAGAGACCAAAAUGAGGAGCAAGUCCAGAAUAUUUUCAAAAGGUUCCUGUUUCAUUACUCCAAAGCGCGCAACUCUGUCGGAGCUGUUCAACAAGAGUCCCACUCAGUUCACCCUUUGAUGCGACUUUCGCCUAAAUUAUCCCAGAGGAGAAAGAAGAAGGUUCUGCUUCUGAAACUCCGAGACCUGCCGGAGGGAGUGUUGUAAAGGAGGAGGAAUCUGAGAAAGUCAGGGGAGGAAAUGACACGCAAUGAGGAGGAGGAGGGGAGCAGCUGGCAGCUCCGGCCUGGAUGAAGAGUCUGCCGAUACCGAGCGACAAGCAGCAUCUCUUGCUCCGGACGGAAACGUUUAAUUUUUUUCCUGAAAAAAAAAAUUACUUAAAAAAAAAAAACAAAAACAAAAAAAAACAACCGUUCUGCGAUGACGCACCGGCGUCUCGAUGCUUCCGAAUGUUACCGAGUUUCUCUCUAAAACAAGAUAUAAACACUUUAAAACGCUCAUCAGCAGUGACUUUUUUUAUUUCAAAAGAGAACUUUGGAAACUAAAUGUGGCAAAAAGAGGGAACGUCUAAUUAAAGGAGAAUGAAAUGUAUAUGUACAUUUUGUGACAUAAUUACCAUGUAAUAAUAAUAAUAAUAAAAAAAACACAG